AAACGAACAAGGGAGGCUUGGAAUCAAUCGAGAUAAAAUUACAGACUAGACAGUCUGUCCAAAUAUCUUCUUUCUUAUCCAUCUUUUGAGGUGAUGCAUCCAUAUUUAUGGAUCUGGACGAUUUAGCUGUCCAAGUUUGACCUCUGUGGAUUCCUUAGAGUUGUACCAAACCUUGGCCCGGACCACGUCUGCACACAGCAGUAGCAAAACCCCGUCCAUCCUCCACAUACCUAGCAUCCCUCGCGAACGAACGCGAAGCGCGACGAAAAAAAAACCACCGCCGGCGAGCAGCAACAAAACCAGCCCACUCCUGCGCCUGCGUCCAUCGACCCCAUUUUGCGCAUCAACGAUUCGGCCCAGCGCAGCCGCGACCGCAACGAAAUUUUUCCCCGUUCAAUCGACACCCGCGAUUGAUUUUUCGCGGUCUCGGGGAACGCUGCCCGCUUUUUCCUCAACCAUGGCGGCCGUUGCUCCCGUCCAGGUCAACGGCCUGAGCACCCCGUCGCUGCCUGCAUCUCCCGAAUCGUCGGCAUCUUCAAGCAAAAGGAAGCGCGAUGCGAACGAUGACGAAACAGCUCCAAAGUCCAAUUCGCUCGAUGACUUGCAGCUCACGACCAAUGGACAGCAGCCUCCAAAACGAGACGAGAGGGAGCUAGUUCGCAAUGUUUUCGAGGUUUUGCGCCGCUUUGAUGCGAACAACUUGAUACUUAGCCGACCUAUCUCGGAAUCGUCUUCUUCCGGAGAGCCUCAAGCUAAAAGGCAAAAGGCCGAUGAGCCUAGUGCCUCGCAGUCAAUUCAGGACAAGAUGUCUCGAGGCGAUUACGCCAAAUUGGACGACUUGGUAGCGGACGUGAAGCGCGCGGUAAACGAUGCAGUUGAGGCGUUGCAGGAAGCAACCUCUGGCGAGGAUGCGCAAAACUUCGACGAGCAGCUCAACCAUGUUCUUGACUUUAGGAAGAAGGCCCUUGACCUUUACCAGCGCGAGAUAGCCUACCCUGAGACUCCUGCGCAGGCUAGCCAGCGCUUCUCUGGAGAGCAACCUGAGAGCAGAUACGCUUUGUCGGUCUAUGGGCUUGCUCCUCACGGCAAGACACUGUACACCAACCUGCAACUGCCCGUCAGAACAUCAACCCACCCUGAGGGAUUAUUGAAGUCCAUCUCGACGGCGAAGCUUCCUCAGGGCAUUAUCGCAACGAGAGUAACCCCUCAUUCUCCCAAGAAGAAAGCGAAAAGGGCACCUACUCUUGGGGAGCUUUAUCCUCCUGCAGCCAAUCUUCCUCCUCUCCAGGCGCCGAAAUCGAGCAAGAGCACCACCAAGAGCAACGUCCUCGGGUUUCACCAGCCUGAUCCUGUGUACAAGUGCCCGCACAAAGCUGGACUAACCUACUUUUCCCAGCAUGUUGCCGUUGGCCAGUGGAUUGAUUACAGCAAUGCGACGCCCUCUUCUCACUCGCAGAUCAAGACCAAGCAACGAGAGCGAGCUCAAAGCUUGGCUGGACACAAGCCCUCGACUGUGGAACUCGAAAUGUCCGAAAUGGAAACCUUGUUUCGCAGGGCGUUCACCAGCUUUGCUCCCGCAAAGGACGACACGUCUGCGGUAAUUCCGUCCAAUCAUGCCAGUCGCAUAUGGUGGCAGCGUACUGGGCAGCGUCACUUGCAACGGAUGGUCGACGCCGAGGAGGGAUUAGAUGACGCGCCCCAGGAGAGCUCGAACGAGAUCCCACACGAUGAUGUUGACGUGGCUGCCGUUGAAGAGGCUAUCCGGAAUUGGGACGGGCUAAUUGAUCCUAGUCUGGAAGACGGCCCCAGCAAAGACUCAAAACAGGAGAAGAGCAUUGACGAUAAGCUCAUGGAAGCUUCAGACCUCAUUGAAACUCUCGCAUCGCACCAACGCAAUCGCCAUCUCGCAUUACCGACAAGCAAAGAUCGACGGUCGACCGACCCUGUUGGUGCGGAUAUGCUUUACAACGGAUCUCUCGUUCAGCAGCCAGGUGCCGAGGAAACGGAGGUGUAUAUGAAACUGAAGAAUGCGCUUCUCGACAUAAUCAUUGAUCUGCCACCUUAUGCUUUGUCGAGGCUUGAUGGUGACAAACUUGGCGACCUUUUUAUCAGCACAAAGCUGGAGAUCAGGACUGACAUCCGCCAAGGAAUCAAUGAGGAGGAUGAGUCGGUGGUCAAGGCACGCCAGCAGCAGCAACAACAGCAACAGCAGCAGCAUAUGCAGGCCAACGCUCCUCGACAACAGCCCCACAGGACACCAAGCGUCUCUGGUGGUGUGCCUUAUGUUAACCAGCAAUACUACGCCACGCAGAAUAGGCAGCCUACACCCAACUCGGGAGCUCCUUCGUUCUAUCAGCAAAGUCCAGUGCGAGCUCAGCCUUCUCCAUUGCAUCAGAGACCACCCAUGACGAGUGCUAUACCUCCCCAGAUGGUUCAGCACCCGUCCCAUGUACAGCACCAGUCACAUUCACCUCACCCUCAGCACCGACCUUCUUCGUCUCAGCAGUACCGCCAGCCCAAUGGGUACUCGUCAGCAUAUGCGCCCCAAAACCCCAAGGCUCCCGCUCCUUACGGGCACAAUGGCAUGCCAUAUUCCGGCACACCGGGACAGGGCCAGGCGCAACGUAUGGCGGCACACCCUGGCUAUGUACAUGGUUCCCCAGCUGGCACACCUACUCAGGCACAGCAACCACAGCGUAGAUUCCCCAGUGGCAACCAGGGCUUCGCCAGUGGCUAUCCACCACAACAGGCCCCGCCACCCCAGCACCACCAACCCAUGUAUCACCAACAGCAUGCUGGACAGCGACCUGGAUAUCCGCAGCAAUAUGCUAAUGGCCAGCCGAAUAUGCCACCACGUGCUGCGCACCCACCGCAACCUACGCCUCAGCAACAUUCUUACAGUCCGAUGCAACAACAGCAUCACCCGCACCCACAGCAAAUGCCACAGCAGCCUCGCUUCCCACAGUACGCUGCGUCUCCCGGUCCGCAGCCAGGCCAGGGCCAUAGAUACCCCAUGUCGGGCAACCAGGCAAUGACCCCCAACGGAGCGCACCAAGGGAUGACGCCAUCUCUGGGACCUUCAGGUUUCCACACGCACAUGUCGGAGUCGCAGCAAAAUCAGAUAAUGGAGCAAUCGCGCCGGUCGGCCCAGCAGCAAAUGCAAGGCGGGGGCGGCGUUGGCAUGAAUGCCGGACUAGCAGGCAUUGGGCUCAAGGGAAACUUUGAUAUGCAAAAGCAGCUUGCGGCUAAUCGCGCUCAGCAGCAACACAACCCUGUCAUGAUGCAGCAGCAGCAGCAACAGCACAUGUCUCCAAGCCCGAGGGCGCAAGUUGCAACCCCAGUAGGGCUCCCCGGUGCGGGUGGACCAUCUCCAGUACCAAUGAACGGUAUGAUGGGCGCGCAACAAAGGCAUAGCUCAAGUUCAGCCAGCUUCCCUCACGCAACCCCAUCGCCCGUUCAAAUGGGAUCACAACCCAGGCCUCCCUCUUGAGAGUAUCUGUGAAGGCGUGUCAUGGGCUUUGGGUCCAAACGGUGCGAAAAAAAUUCAGAGCAGCAAACCCCCAGGUUUGAUAGCUCCCAUUUUGAGUCUGCGAUAACAUUGAGGGACCUAGUGCAUUCUUUGGGCGUGUUCUUGAGGCCCACUGGGAGAGAACAAAGGCCUGUGUUUCUUUUAAUUUCUUGUUCAACUUGCUCUCUUUUUUUUCCUCCCUUCUCUUUCUCUUUUGUCAACUUAUUUGGGGUGGCGUCACCAAGGGAAAUCGUCGGAAAUGGCAAGUCUUUAAAGGAAACGGCGGAUGUGCUUUAAUCAUAUUCCUUUAAUCAGUACCGCCCACCAUUCCUGAAGCAAAAUUGAUGACGUUUGUCGUUAAUGGUUUCUUUUUUGUUUUGCCUGUUUAGACGUGCGCUGCAAAUCAUAUACUGUUGUUGUUUAUUUUUCUGUGUGAGCAAGGCUUUACACCAGAAGGAUAUGCAAA